AUGUCAAAUCCAGAUGGCUCAAAACAGCGAGCGUCCUUUGCAAGUCGCCAAAAUAGCACUCUACUCAUUUUAAUCGAACGAAAGCAAAAAGAAUGGGUUCGUGGUCGAAAGACUUCGCGAAAAUUCAGUGAAACAACUUCGACGGCUACUUCAGCAAAGGACUCGAACGGAAUCAUAUUGAAAGCUCUGUCGAAUAAGAAAAAAUUCCAUGAAAUGAACGAUAAACUUUGUUCGUUGCCUAAUGUGGGAGAUAUCAAUAUCCAAUUCGAUCGCCCAGAAGCCCUUUUGCAGGCAGUGAAACCAAUCAAUAACUCCUUCUUCCCAUAUCCUAGACUGAAGAAACUUCCAAGAUCAGGAGUCAACAUCUCCCAUCAUGACGAUCAUGAGAAUGAGACAAACAACACCCAUCACGAGGCUUCCAACGCGUUUAAUCAACCAUUUUCCCUACAACUUGUGAAAAUUGUCGAAAGCCGCAAUAACGAAACACUUUCAAACCCCAAAAGACAAAUCGUUCAAUUCUAUCCCAGACAUAAAUCAGAAGAGUCUGACUAG